UUAAAAAAAAAGAAAAGCUUUUAAUAGAAAUCGAAAAAAGCCAAUACCCAAAAUCCUCCAUUCAUCCUCACGUUCCUGAUCCGCAACCCCUUCGUUAUUCUCCCAAUUUCUUCAAUCGUGAUUUCUAUAAACAGAAAGAAGAGCCUUGGCUCCAUUCAAUGGAGAAAGAAACAGCUUCUAGGCUAUUCGUUAAUGAUGGUUCAUUUAUGGAGAGGUUCAAACAACUUCAGCAAGAUAAAGGAUCUAAAUUAGAUUCAACUGUAUCAGGUCUCGAGAAACCUAAACCUGCUGUAAGUAAUGCCGGCUCUAAAGCCAGUGAUUCUGGUAAAGUCAGCAAGGCUCCUUCAUCUGGCAAGCUUGCAUUCAGCCUGAAACAGAAAUCUAAACUUGUGGCUCCUGCUGUUAAGUUAAGUGAAGAUGAGGAUGAAGAUGAGAGAGAAGCUGUUAAAGCAUCAGCUGAUGGAUCCAUAAAAAGGCAAAAGCUAGAUCAGUCUGAUGUCUAUGUGCAGUCACUAAAACAAAUUGAUGUUGCACCCCCAUGUCCAAGUGAUCCCGCAGUAAAGAAGGCUGCAGAAAGAUUAGCAAGUUUUGUGGCUAAAAAUGGAAGGCAGAUUGAGCAUAUCACACGUCAAAAGAAUCCUGGAGAUACCCCUUUCAAUUUCUUGUUUGAUGAAAGCUGUGCUGAUUACAAAUAUUAUGAGUAUUUACUUAUUGAGGAGGAAAAGAGACUGGCACACUCUGCAGGCUCUCAAUCACAACACGCUGGUGCUGCUAAACCUAGUGCCUAUAAUAGUUCUCAAAGAUCACAUCAGCAACAUUCAAAUUACCAGACCCCUGCUGCAGCUUUAUAUGAAGCUACAGACAGUGCACCAUCUGAUUAUGAUGAAUCUACAGCCCCCUCAGCUUCUGAUCCGAUAGCUAUGAUGGAAUUCUAUAUGAAAAAGGCUGCACAAGAAGAAAAGAGGAGGCAGCCAAAACACUCUAAAGACGAGAUGCCCCCUCCUGCUUCUCUUCAAGGUAGUGGCAAGAGGGGUCAUCACAUGGGUGAUUAUAUACCUCUGGAAGAGCUCGACAAGUUCAUGGCUAGCUGUAACGAUGUUGCUGCACAGAAAGCAGCAAAGGAAGCCGCAGAUAAAGCAAGAAUCCAGGCUGACAACGUUGGCCAUAGGCUUUUGUCGAAAAUGGGUUGGAAAGAAGGGCAAGGACUUGGAAGCUCUAGUAGUGGCAUAGCUGAUCCAAUUAUGGCUGGUAAUGUGAAGAAGGAUAACUUAGGUGUUGGGGCUUCUAAACCCGGUGAAGUAACACCUGAUGAUGAUAUAUAUGAGCAGUAUAAAAAGCGUAUGAUGCUUGGGUACAAACACAGACCAAAUCCUCUGGGUAAUCCCAGGAAGGCCUAUUACUGACAAUACACGGGGUGUCAACUGCAAUCAAAAAUUCAUCCCAAAAGAGAAAGGAAGUGGGAUUUCGUCAUUUAUUUAAAUAAUAUGUACUUUAUGACAUACUGGUAAUUAAUGUUGUACUUUGGAUUUUGACAAUGCAUAUUGUUGGUUACUUUGUGUGGAUUAUAAAAUCUGUAUACUUCCUUCACCAA